GUGGAGCUUUACCAAAUGUUCCAAACUUUGAUGCGCUGCCAGUCAUUGGUUUGGAAGAGACCGUACACGACCUCCCUGCAGAUUUUGAGUCUGAACCAUCUACAGAUCCUGACAGCUCCACUGCCUCACCAGCUGAUUCAAAUGUGCCAACUGUACAGAAGGCAGAGGACAUUGUUGGUGCAAAGGCAUCGAUUGUGUAUGAUGAUUGCUUAAAGUACCUUGCGGCCUUUGUUACACCACCAGUGAAACAGUGCACAGCAAUAAAUGUGACCGGUGCAGCAUGCCAACGCCAUCCACCAUUCCUGGUGAACAUCAAAGGGAAAGGCACUGCAAGCAUGUUAGAAUGGAGCUGUGCUGAUGGACACAUUGUGUGGCGAUGGGUUUCACAGCCCUUGAUGAAGUACGGACUUCAGGCCGGAGACUUUAUGCUGAGCACCAACAUCCUGCUAUCAGGAAACAACUACACUAAAAUUGCACUGCUAUUUAGAUUUAUGAACAUGGGCAUUUGUGGCCCAAACACUUUUUUCUCCAUCCAAGACACGUACUGUGUUGACUCUAUCAAAAAGUACUGGAUGGAAAAAAGGGCAGAUGUGAUUUCAAGACUUCAAGGCAAAGAUGUUGUUGUCCUUGGUUAGUGAUACACAUACAGUUUAUAUUUCUAGAAAAUGAUGUUGCAGUAUUUUUAUCUAACACAGACUCUCUUGUCCUACAUAUCUAGCUGAUGGCAGAAACGACACGCCGGGUCACUGUGCGCAGUACUGUAGUUACACUACAAUGGAAAACGACACAUUGGAGAUCAUCAGUGUAGUCACAGUAGACAAAAGACAAACCGACAGACGGUCUGCCAUGAUGGAGAAGGAGGCCUUCAUCUUGACUAUGGAUCAACUAGUCAAUGAAGUUAAACUUAUCGAAAUCUGCACAGAUGCCCACUCACAGAUUGGUGCCCUGAUGGAUCCUGUAAAGGGGAGGUACAAGGACCAUAGGAUUCACCACAGUUUAGAUAUGUGGCAUGGUGCCAAGAAUUUGGCAAAGAAGAUUGCGGCUGCAGGCCAGGUAAAAGAACUGUCUGUCUUACUACUUUGGCUGAAAGACAUCGUAAAUCACUUCUGGUGGUGCUGCAAAACAGCCGACUCCUAUGAAGAGUUCCUGGCACUGUGGGCCGGCCUUUUACAUCAUGUCUGCAACGAGCAUGAGUGGGCUAUGGGCAGCUGUAAACAUGGGCAGCUGGCAGAUUCGGAGAAGCAAUGGAUUCAAAGAGACUCUAAAGCACACAAGGCUCUUGUGGAGAUAAUCCUCAAGAAACGAUGGUUGAAGGAUGUGCACAAAUACCUGCGCUUUAGAUCAACAGCAGUCCUCGAAUCCUUUCAAAACCAUAUAUUGAUAUAUGCCAGCAAGCGCUUUGCCUUCAGUCCACCGGUGUACGAAGCCCGAGUCCUCCUGGCAGCCCUGGACUACAACUACCAUCGGGACCGACCUACUCAGAAGAGGGCAGAUGGUACAGAGAUGUACAGACGAGUGUACAAAAAGAAUGCCAAACAGUACAGUGUCUAUGCACGCAAGACUCCCAAAAGUUACAGCUACAUUGGGGAGCUACAGACGCUGGUGGUGAGAUCUAGGCUGGCGAGUGGCUCUGGAAUGCCCAGGUCAGGAACCCUAAGGCCAGAUGACCCACGAAGGCUUGGUUUACUUCCACCUGUACCACCCCCACCAACAGCAGAGCUUGUACAAAGACAAGUCAGGAGAGGACUAGGACCUGAUUUACAGUCGAGUUCUCCCCAGUGAAGCCAGAAUUGCAGCAUCCAGUGUACGUAUAG